GCUGCUUUCACUUUCCUAUUUUUCUUAUCCUAUUUUCCACAUCUCUGACUGCCUCCAUAAUCCCUAACUGCACGGCUGCCUGGCACUUGAACAUUUCUUUGAAACUAAGUAUCCAUAGCGGAGCUCUUUCUUGAACAUGAAGGUGACCCAAGAUGAGAAGCUGAAUGUAUCAGUUACCACCAGGGCUGCCGAGGACAAUGUUCUUUGGAUUCUCAAUAACCUGCGGUCACAUCCAUACCAUGGACUUUUGGGUAAGGUCACUUACUUACCCAUAAACAACAGCAAUGGGAAAGAAUGGAGAUCAGAGGUAGAGAAAACCUCCUUUGCACUGCUCUAUCAUACCCAUAACGACGGACGACUGAACAUCACAGACGUGACUGAUUCCUUGUAUAAUACUGAGCUCCAGUACCUCUCUGACCAGCUGGGACGCCAGAAUGUGAUAGUUGUGAUUGAUGACCUUAAAAACAGUGAUGAUGAAGUCAAAGACCUUAUCUUGCAGUCUCAACCAAGUAUCUCAAGGUGGGCCAAAGAACUUCUUCUUUUCAGCGACAAGGAGAAAGACCCAAUGGCAGUGGCCAAGCAACAAAUCCUACUGGACGCGUUCAGAUCUGCAUACAGAGAAAGAAAAUCAACGUGGACACCUAAAGUUCUUCUGAUUGUUACUUUCGCAACAAUUACUGUCGCAACAAUAUUCCUUUGGAGAAGAUUUACAAAAAGAAGCCUAAAAUUUAGACUGUGGAAUUUCAUUAGUAAAGAGUAGACUAUACAAGUCAAAGUGUCCAAGAACCUACAAGAGAGAGUCACUGGAGCCCCAUCAGCAGAUUCUUUCAUGUUAUAUGUACCCUACAUUUAUUCAUAGAGCUCCAGAACUGAUCAUGGAAACUUACAAAAGAAAAAAGUUGAAAUUAAUGAACUUAUCUUGUAUAAAAAUAAAAUUGUUUAAGGAGCCCCUGCAAGUACUUUUGAACUUUAUAAUAUUAUACAUUAUACUUUUUUUCUAGAUUUCAAGAUAUUAACAAUCUUUUUGUCAGUCAUAUUGUCUGAUUGGGCGAUAAUCAUGAGAAGUGGAAACAUUCCUGAUGGUGGUUGGCUUAGGAAAGACCACAGAAAAGUCAUCUGACGUAAGCAGAGCAACAUCAAAACAGUGUCCUCUUCUAGCUCUGUAAUUUUCUCCCCAUUGCAGCCUGAAGAAGAGAAGCAGCUUCCAGUGGGUUCACUAUAAAAACUGAAACAUUUUAAAAGCUGUAUAUAAUUUCUAAUACAUUAUAUUUAGGAACUUUAA